AUGGCUCUAGCAGAACUUAAAGAACUAAAAAUUCAGCUUCAGGGGUUACUUGACCCAGGGUUUUUACGGCCUAGUAUGUCACCCUUGGGAGCUCCUAAUAGGAGCAUGAGAAACAUCUUCAGAUGGUUCUACAUCGUCUUCAAGAACGUGUCCUUUCUUAGACACAUUGUCAGUGAAGAUGGAAUUAAAGUGGAUCUGGCGAAGAUUGAAUCCGUCAGGGAUUGGCCGAGAGUGAAAAUAGUUACAGAGGUUAAAAGUUUCUUGGGUCUGGCUAGUUAUUACUGUCAGUUUGUAGAGGGGAUUUCUAAUAUUUCAACGCCCUUUAUCGAGCUUACGAAAAAGAAUCAGUUAUUUGUGUUAAUGGACAAGUGUGAAGCAAGCUUUCAGGAGCUAAAGCAGAGGUUAAUCACAACUCUAUGGUUAACCCUACCUUCUGAUAAAGAAAAGUUUGUAGUUUAUUGUGAUGCAUCCAGACAGGGUCUUGGGUGUGUAUUAAUGCAGGCCGAUCGGGUUAUCACCUAUGCCUCUCGUCAGUUGAAAGAAUAUGAACAAUGA